ACUAGCCAUACCCAUGCUUCACAAUUCUUUCCACUGACCUCCAGUGUCUCAGUCUGCUCCAAGUAGUUUCGUUGCAAUCUGGACCUGACAGCUGGCCAAACUCGACUCGUUGCUUAAUAUUCGUUGCUUAAUUCUAGACAACCCUGCCAGGUCCGACACCUACCGCAGUGCGAUAAGUAGCGCCCACUGUAUAUAGGCCUUUCGAGUAUUUUCUUGAUCCCCACGAUGGAUCAGUCUCGUCCGCAAUCUGCCACAUCGUUCCAGGCUCGUGCAGCGCGGCUUCUCAAGAAGCUGAACUGGCGUCCGCGCUUGGGAGGUAGCCGCUCAAAAGAUAACAUGUCCAUUGUUUUAACUGUCCCAGACAACGACCGCUCACACAUACCCUCUCCUGACGUUCCCCGCAAGCCAGGCAUAUCCACUCCUGGACUUACAGGCUUGCAACUAGAUGGUGCCUUCAAUCCGACGGACACGGAUGAUUCAUCGUCUAGUAAUAGCCCCACACGCCGAUCAAGGCGCUACUCGGCUUGGGACGGUCUCACGCAAUCCUCUGCGAGCCCAGUGUUUGCGGGACAUGGUCCCGCCCCGUCAUUUUUACGAGAGAUAAAGCUUCCAAAGAAUUCUUCUGAUCAGUCUAAUAGUGACGGGGAAAAUGUCCUUGCUCCAGCACCAUUCUUUUUGCGCGGAGGCGCCUCAUGCGACUGCCUUACACGUGCAUCAAAUGAUGGCUUACUACACUCAGCGACCCGUAGUAACGUGCCAGAUAUCACAAUUUUGCGAGACACAUCUCCUGCACCAGACAACUCGAUGACGCAGUUGGACAGAUCACAAACUCCACGACAAACAGAGGGACUCGUUCCUUCCAAUGAACCAAUCACGAACAUAGACAUAACCAACUCAUCUGUAGAACCAGAACCCGCUCAAACACCUUUCGCAUCUGCUAUUUUGGUUCCACCUACUGCACAAUCUUUACCCUCGUCCAGUAUUCAGGGUCAUCACUUGACCGAGACACAGCCGACGACGGCCCUACCACCUCCAUUCCGCGUGGCCACUGAGCGUGGCCUUCGUCUUUCUCCUUCCAUUAUCUCAAGGCAUCGUAUGCCAAUCUUGAAUCUUCCGACUUUACCUGUGCCUACUCCUGCUCCAGAGCCCGCUGUGCGGCCAGUUGUGCGCCUCCAGCAUGUGCCAUCAUUAAGUGUUCACGGACGGCUCCAUGAUCCAGAGCCAGACUCUGCUAUCGACUAUGAGGAUGAUGACGACGUGGAGGAUGACAACGAGGGUGAUGGAGACGAGGGUUCAAGAAAUGAAGGCUCGGAGCACCAGAGUGACGAGGAUGGUGAUGGGGAGGAAAUGCCGAGUUUGGGUACAGGCCGUUCUUUAUCUCCUUCUCCGCUGCGAGAGUUCCAGACCCAAGUUGUCGACUUGGCUCCCCCAGUCGCUGGUCAUUCUUCUCGACCCUUUACCUCAUCAUAUUCAGCAGGGGAGUCUACCCCUUCUCCCCACAAUGCCGUUGAUUAUUUCUCGUCCAAGGCACAUGGGAAGCUCUCGGACUUGACUCCGAGGCAAGACGCUUCUACUCCUAAACCCUUCUCUUCGAAAACACCUCUCGGAGAGUCUAUCAAUGUUCGGCAGCGAAUAACGCCUACGCCGUCACUUCAUCGUGCACAACCUUCCCUGGAGGUCAGCCACGCACCCAGUCUGUAUCGCGCGCCAUCUCGCAGCAUGAUUGACCUGAGUGUGCCCCGGAGACUAGAACGCAAGUCACGCGACACAGUGCGUUCGAAUGUACCCUCCACUUCUGAGAACACCACCGAAUCCGUCGAGAGCGACAACAUGGACAAUGUAAUGGGAAGGCUUAUGCGACGCACAUCCAUGCCUACUUUCACUUCCGCGUCGGACCCGCCCCCGUAUCCUUCCUUUGACCCGCGCCCGCCGAAGAGUGCACCUCCGUUCCAAUUCCAUGAGGACGAAGGUCGCGAGCGGUUACCGCUAUAUAGCAAUUCGCUGUAUCUCAGCGCUAUUAUGCCGCUCAAGAUGGAGUUCAGCUCACCAGGUGUUCAGGCAAAGGACAGGAAAUGGAGACGUGUAUUUUGCGAGCUUGAAGGGACGACACUUCGCGUGUACAAGUGUCCCCCCGGCGCGAGCGGGGCGGGCCUCAUUGGCGAGUGGUGGGAGAGACGCGUCGGCGUGGGUGACCUAAGUAGUGGAUAUCACGCGCCGGUGCGGAAAGCAGACAAGAGCCCGGCGGCCCCUUCCAAAAUAGCGGACGAUGAACCGGUUGCAUCCCCGUCAAGUUCACCCCCUCCUACACCAUACAGGCCGCGGAGCGAAUCGCAAUCAUCAAGAGCUACGAAUCAAUCCACGACGCCUUCGAUGUCGCGGGCCAAUAGGAGGCUGUCCGGCGCCAGCUUCUUGGCCCCGUGGCGGAACGGUGGUCCAUCAAGCGUGCCGCAAUCGCGAGGUAGGGGUAUGCCAUCUACUGGGAUAAACGAAGUCAUGGAGCUGCUCCCGGUGAGCGAGCCGAACAGCCGUCGUAAUUCUGUGUCUAGUUCGGCCUCACAGGAGACGACUUCACAGAGGACAUCACCUCUAACACCACGAGCUCACUCUCGCCUCAGCUUUCUUUCAUCGAGAAUGCAAUUGCGGAGCGGCGAGAUACAAAAGCCUGGGAAAGGCGAUUUGAUCCGUGCAUAUACCCUCCAGCACGCGGAGAGUGGCCUCGGGAAUGAUUACUUGAAGCGGAAGAACGUGAUAAGGGUACGGCUGGAGGGGGAACAGUUUCUCUUGCAGGCAGCAGACGUGCCUUCCGUUGUGGAGUGGAUAGAGGCUUUCCAGGCGGGCACGAACAUUUCACUUGACCUUGAUCAUCGUGUCAUGCCCAAAGGGCCGAUGUUCCCGAGGUACGUUAUUUUUUUUUGCUUGGUAUUGUGUGUUUCUCAAAUGUAUCUACAGGCGUCGACGGAGAAGAAAUCGACGACCAGUAGAUGAGAACGCUCGGGCUGGUAAUGGAGGAGUACUCCCUGCAGUGGUGCUAUAACUUGGGAUGUCACCUUGUUCGCGUGUUUCUUAUGUCGUAUCUGCUUUGCUGUGUUGGUACAUGUGUCACACUAUGGGUUGUAUCGAUAUCAUAGUACUUUAUUCUUUGUUGUAAUUGUCGCUCUUGUUGAUAGAGAAAGUUCUCACGGAUUGUUUC